GUCACUGUAAGUAGCUAUGAAAUAAGAAACAGUGGGAGCGGGAGCGUUGUCAAUGCGACGGCGCAGGGCUGACCAGAGGUGGACCUGGUCCCGAGAGGGCGACAAGGCCACUUCACACACUCUAUAUAGGCUACCUGCCACCAUCAUGAGAGGGACCCUUCGAAGCGGCCCUGCUGCCGCCCCCUACCUCCUCAUCGUUUGUAUCCUCUCAGCCGCAAGCGAACCAAGGAGUAGUGCUGGCCGCCCACUACGAGAAGACUUCGCCUUCGCCGACGUCGUUGCAAGCGGCGCGGGGCCACCGCCCGCUCAUAUGAUGAGCGCCGCUGCAGCUGCCCCGGCACCCUCUCCCCUGUCGCCCUUUGAGGGCAACAAGGUGCGUGCGUUCGCCUCCAAGAAGAACCAAGCGGCCCACAACCUGAUGGACGCCAUCAAGCAAGUGCAGAACGUGACCGAGUUCUAUCGCAGGUGGGGCGAGGACCGGCCCAUCACGUCACUGGGGGCGUGCUACACCAGCGACAGGCACCUCAGCGGCUUCGAGAUCGCCGCCACGACGGCCUACUCGCCACAGGACUGCCAGGCCAAGUGCCAGAUGGACGGCCACUGCUGGGGGUGGACCUACUUUGGUGACUCCAAUCAAUGCAGCCUCGCAGAGGGCGGGCCAGAGAAGGGCCACACCAUGGCCGAAUCGGGCAAGAAGAUCGUCAGCGGGCCCAAGAGCUGCGGGUGGCCGCGGCCGAACAAUCCUGUGAGGGAGGACGAGAAGAUCGAGGAGGCGCUGGACGAGCUGAUACCGACGUUGAGCAUGGACAGCAAGAUCGGCCAGCUGAUCUUUCUCGUGCAGUUCCGCACCACCGUCGAAAACCUCAAGCUGACGGCGGCCGGGGCGGCGCAGAUCCCGCGGCCCCCCCACGGGAUGAGCCUGAAGGACACGCUGAAGCUGUUCGACCAGCUGUAUGACGAGUCGCUCAAGGUUGGGGACGGCAUCCCGGUGAUGUUUGUGACGAACGCCGUGCACGGCAACACGAUGAUCAAGGGCGCCACAAUCUUCCCACACAACAUCGCCAUCGGGGCCGCCAACGACCCCGACCUGGCCAGGAGGGUCGGCGAAGCCACCGCACUUGAGAUGGCAGUCGCAGGUCAGUCAGUAACACACAAAACUAAAACGGCCAGUGAUAUCUGUGGCGUGGGUGUGUCUGCUCUGCUUCCCGCCCGGCAGGGUUUGACUGGACGGAGGCCCCCACCGUGGCCGUUGCGCGAGACAUCCGGUGGGGCCGCACGUACGAGAGCUACUCGUCGAGCCCGCAGCGUGUCAAGAACAUGGCCUUCGCCAUGGUGAGGGGGCUGCAGGGCGACCCCAACAACGACAAGGACUUCCUCAGCGACGCCCACGUCAUCGCCACCUGCAAACACUGGAUCGGCGACGGGGCGUCAAGCAAGGGCAUCACAUACGGCGACGUGCACCUGGAGGAGGAGGAGUUCCGGGACGUCCACGGGCUGCCCUUCGUGGCCUGCAUCGAGGCGGGGGUGCAGUCGAUCAUGCCCUCCUACACGGCUUACCACGGGACCUCCAUGCACGGCAACUGGUUCCUCAACAGUGCGGUCCUCAAGGGCAUGAUGGACUUUCAGGGCUUCGUCAUCAGCGACUUCGACGGCUGGGUGUGGAACGCCGUCCCGGGGUGCAGUGUCGACAACUGCCCCGCCACUAUCGGCACCGGCAUCGACCAGCUACUCGUUGGGUCAGUCAGUCAGUCAGUCCCCCAGGCACACACAAGCUAAGCUGCAGACGCCCGCAUCGCAUGUGUGUGUGCUGUGUGUGGUUGACAUGGCAUGAUAGGUAUGGUGACUACCAGAAGCUCAUGUCCGGCAUCAAGAAGGCCGUCGAGACCGGGGAGCUGCCCGAGGAGCGGUUCAACAACGCCGUACGGCGGGUCCUCAGAACCAAAAUGCGGCUGGGUCUCAUGGGCCCCAGGGCACGCACCACUCGGCAGCGGCCCUCCGAACGCAAAUACGCCGGCCGGACAGAGUACUUCAAUAACAAGAAGCACCGGCAGGUCGCACGGGAGGCCGUGCGCAAGUCGGUGGUGCUGCUCAAGAACCAUAGGAAGGCGCUGCCGAUCAAGCCCCAGAUGAGGGUGCUGGUGGCUGGCCCCGCCGCCAACGACAAGACCAAGAUGAUGGGCGGCUGGACCUUGGAUCUGUUCGGCCAGAACAUCGAGCAGGCCGACUUCCCCCAGGCCACCACUGUCUUCGAGGCGCUCAGGAGGGAGAUGAAGAAGCGGGGUGGGUCGGCGACCUUCUCUGAGACGGGGUGGGUGAAGGACUACAGCGAGUACGACCUGGCCGUGUUUGUGACGGGCGAGGAGCCGUACGCAGAGAUCAAGGGCGACCUCGCUGACCCCGAGAAAUCACGCAGCCUCGACCACGGCACCAGGUGACUGACGAGCGAGACACGAACGAAGCCAUUCUCGCUUGUCUGUCUCCAUUCAUUCAUUUGUGUGUGUGUGUGGACGGACAUUACAUAUGUAUGGCUCCUUCAGGCAUGUGGCUGACUUCGAGACGUUGGACAUGCUGCAGAAGUCGAAGCUGCCGACGGUGACGAUUCUGCUGUCUGGCCGGCCUCUGUAUGUCAACAAGUACAUCAACAAGUCGCAUGCCUUCAUGGCCGCCUGGCUGCCGGGCAGUGAGGGCGGCAACGGCAUCGCCGACCUGCUUCUGGGCGACUUUGACUUCAGCGGCACACUCUCCUUCCCCUGGCCACGACACCCCUGCCAGACGCUCAGCCAGCCAUGGGCACUGCCAGACGGCCAGACCCACCUUUUCCCCCUCGGCUAUGGGCUGGACUACAAACACAAUAAAACCAUCCCACAGCUGCCGGAGAACUGGGUCUUCGAGUGCUGACCGACCGGCCCGACCUGACG